UUCGUUAGAACGUAUGUAUAUAUGCCGCGGAUAAUAAUAUCCAGAAGCUACUUAUCAGUUUUAUCACACUUUUUUUUUUUUUUAAGUUUCUCAAACUCUCUCUGUUUCUUCUUCUUCAUAAUGCGAACCCUAAUCCCCAUCUUCAAAGCUUAUUAAUCCACACCAUCUCCACUGGAUCCGACAUUAAUGAUGACGUCAUCGCUACCUGUCAGAGCUCCGUCAUGGGUUUCAUCCCGGAGAAUCUUCGAAGAGAGACUCCACGAUCUUCCCAAGUGCGCUAACUUAAGCCAAGUGAAGCAGCUUCACGCCCAGAUCAUUCGACGGAACCUUCACCAAGAUCUUCACAUAGCACCGAAGCUAAUCUCUGCUCUUUCUCUCUGCCGUCAAACCGGUUUAGCUCUUAGAGUUUUCAAUCAGGUUUCAGAACCGAACGUUCAUCUUUGCAAUUCUCUGAUUAGAGCUCACGCGUUGAACUCGCAGCCGUAUCAAGCUUUCUUCGUUUUCUCUGAGAUGCAAAGAUUUGGUCUUUUCGCUGAUAAUUUCACUUACCCGUUUCUUCUCAAAGCUUGUUCGGGUCAAUCAUGGUUACCUGUGGUGAAGAUGAUGCAUNAACCCAAUGUUGUUAUUUGGGGUGCUCUUCUUGGAGCGUGCAGGAUGCAUAACAAUGUGGAUCUUGCUAAGGAAAUCCUGGAUCCGCUGGUUAAGUUAGACUCUUCUGAUCCGGGAAACUAUACGCUGCUGUCAAAUAUUUAUGCAGCAGCAGAGGAUUGGGCAGGGGUUGCUGACAUAAGGUCAAAGAUGAAGAGUAUGGGAGUAGAGAAACCAUCUGGAGCUAGUUCGGUUGAAUUGGAGGAUGGGAUACACGAAUUUACAGUGUUUGACAAGUCACACCCAAAAUCUGAUCAAAUAUAUCAGAUGCUUGGUAGUCUAAAUGAACCUCCAGAUACCGCUGAGCUGUUCCACAGCAGGUUCUUUUAUCAACCUUGUAGACGACAAGUAACAAGAGAAGAUCAUGCAGGNAUGGUUAUGGGUUAUAGUAAAGCUGGAGAUAUGGAAAUGGCUAAAAUUAUGUUUGAUAAGAUGCCAUUGCCGGCUAAAAAUGUGGUCACUUGGACGAUCAUUAUUGCUGGAUAUGCGGAGAAGGGGCUUGUGAAGGAGGCUGAUAAAUUAGUCGACCAAAUGGUGGCUUCAGGAUUGAGAUUUGAUGCCGCAGCUGCUAUUAGUAUCUUAGCUGCUUGUGCUGAGUCUGGUUUGCUCAGUUUAGGAAUGAGGGUUCAUUCCAUAAUUAAAAGGUCUAACCUCAAUUCAAAUGCUUCUGUGUUAAAUGCACUACUUGAUAUGUAUGCAAAAUGUGGUAGCCUAGAAAAAGCGUUUGAUGUGUUUAACAACAUGCCCAAUAAGGACCUCGUCUCUUGGAACACUAUGCUUCAUGGUCUUGGUGUUCAUGGUCACGGUAAGGAAGCAAUUGAGCUUUUUUCGAGAAUGAGAAGGGAAGGGAUUCGGCCUGAUAAAGUCACAUUUAUUGCUGUUUUGUGUUCCUGCAAUCACGCUGGUCUCAUUGAUGAAGGCGUAGAUUACUUCUACUCGAUGGAGAAAGUGUAUGAUCUUGUUCCACAAGUUGAACACUACGGUUGUCUUGUUGACCUAUUAGGUCGAGGGGGACGGUUAAAGGAAGCGGUUAAAGUUGUACAAACAAUGCCUAUGCAACCCAAUGUUGUUAUUUGGGGUGCUCUUCUUGGAGCGUGCAGGAUGCAUAACAAUGUGGAUCUUGCUAAGGAAAUCCUGGAUCCGCUGGUUAAGUUAGACUCUUCUGAUCCGGGAAACUAUACGCUGCUGUCAAAUAUUUAUGCAGCAGCAGAGGAUUGGGCAGGGGUUGCUGACAUAAGAUCAAAGAUGAAGAGUAUGGGAGUAGAGAAACCAUCUGGAGCUAGUUCGGUUGAAUUGGAGGAUGGGAUACACGAAUUUACAGUGUUUGACAAGUCACACCCAAAAUCUGAUCAAAUAUAUCAGAUGCUUGGUAGUCUAAAUGAACCUCCAGAUACCGCUGAGCUGGUUGCUGUCGGAUAAAUUGCUUAGUUUAUUAUGUUCACAAUACAAGGAUUUCGUCAAAGCCACAUUGUCAAGAUCUUUAGGUAAUAUAUCUAUAUAGGCUGUGUACACCAGCAUUCAACAGUGUGGCCUAGGCCAUAAAUUUGUAGUUCAUUUUCCGUAGGUACACAGACGGUUUUAUCCUUGUAAUUCACAAAAUUGGACGAGUUCGGGUUUUGUAUAUACAACAUAAUUUAAUCA